CCACACACACUUGUUAUGUUCCAAAUUACUAUCCCUUUUAUCUGCCAAACAAACACAAAAUUUCCUUUCCUCAAAAUUUUAUCAUGACCUCACACAAUCAAACUAAUUCACUGAUUCUAUUAUUUUCACUAUUAUUUUUGCUAUAUCAUGUUAGAGCUCAAACUCCACCUCCACCAGGUGCUUAUCCAUAUGCAGAUUUUAAUCCUUCUAUUAUCACAAUAAUAGUGAUACUUGUAGCUGCACUUUUUCUAAUGGCAUUUUUUUCGAUUUACAUCCGUCGGAGGUCGAACGAAGCCGGCGGUAGCAUCCGUGCGGCGCUUUCUAUGCGCCGUCGUGCUACCGCUUCACGCGGCCUCGAUUCGACGGUCAUCGAGACUUUUCCGACUUUUGUUUAUUCUUCUAUAAAAGGACUUAAAAUCGGGAAAGGAGCAUUAGAGUGUGCUGUUUGUUUAAAUGAAUAUGAAGAUGAAGAAACAUUAAGAUUGAUUCCUAAAUGUGAUCAUGUUUUUCAUCCAGAGUGUAUUGAUGCUUGGUUUGAAAAUCACGUCACUUGUCCUGUUUGUCGCGCGAAUCUGGAACCAGAUUCGGGCGAAGAAACAGGCGUUGGCGGUGAUUUAGAGUUAGCAGGUGGCGAGGUUACGUCAGCUAACGAGGUAAACGAACCGGUUACUACUGGUUCAGAUGCGGUAGCCAUCUCGGUUGCCGACGAUCCAGCCGCAACCGAGAUGCAGCCAGAGUCACUGAACCGGAACCAAAGUGUUAAACAAUCUUGGCCGAUGUUUCCAAGGUUGUUUAACAAGUUCAGAUCUCAUUCGACCGGACACUCGUUAGUCCAGCCGGGUGAGAAUCUAGACCGGUUUACUUUAAGGUUACCUGAAGAUGUAAGAAAACAAGUUGUGAGCCGGGCUUUAUUAAACAGAACAGGAAGUACGGUACGGAUGGCUGGAGAAGGGAGUGGAAGAAGGGGGUAUAGGGCCGGUGGGGCGAUAAGCGGCCGGAGGAAAUCUUAUAGGCGGAUGGGGAGUUUAGAUCGGGUGGUGGUUAGGUCUGAACGUUGGGUUAUGUCGAGAGCGCCGUCGUUUUUGACUCGGGCGUUCUCGACUAAGUCGCCAAGAGUUGUUUCCGGCAACGGGGAGGCAUCAACAUCUGCGACAACUCCUAAAGGGUCUAAAAUGGAAGAUAAAAUUCCACUCAAUAAUAUUGGACCCAAAAGUUGUUAAUAGACUUUUGGGCUUUAUGUUUUGUUUUCUUAUGGAAAUUGACUAUUUUUUUCUUAAAUUGGUUUGUUGUUGGAUAUAAUUUUGCAUUUUUUGUGUUACACUUGGAAUUAAUUGUAAGAUAGAAUAAAUACCAUGAUAAUUAAGAAGACAUUACUUCGAACAAA